AUGGUCCCGAUGGUCCGCUGCCUGGCGGCGUCGAAGAAGAGUUGCUGCAUGCCGUGCGGAGACUACGAGCUCGGGCUGCGUCUCAUCAAGUCGAAUGCGUCCAAGGGAUCCGAGGCGGCGUCCACCGGCACCGCCCUAUGGAACACCACCGGCAUUUUCCCCUCGGGAGCCCCCCCGGCCUGCAAUCUUCUCUCUGGCUACCAGCAGUGCGAGCUGCUGCUCGAGUCCGUUGCCUGCGCCGCGACAUGCAACCCUGAUAUGGGUAACUACGUCAUCAAGUACAACGACGGCCCCACAAUCACCAUCUGCCCCGCGUUUGCCGACCAGCUCUAUGCAGCCUGCAAGGACUCGCGAUUCGGCACCAUCAGCAACGUCGCCGACGCUGUCGUGUUCGUCAGCUCUGCUCUUGUUCUUCCCCUUAACCUUGUCUAUCUUUCCCAUCUUAAUGUAUUCCCUUCCACUUCCUACCUCGUAUCAUCUCGUGCAGAUGGAGUCAUGAACAAUGUCACCGACGCUACCACGUUCGCCAGCUUGUCUCUGACGGGUUUCGGAGCAAUGUUCGGCAUCAUUGCGUUCAAGGCGGUCGUGGCUAACGUGCCUGUGCCAGUCACCACAACCCAUUUUGUGAACCCCGAAAACUCCCUUCUUUCGGCUUCCAUCUUUUGCACCUUCUUUCACCCCAUUCUCACCCCUCCUCCACCCCCGUCUUUCCCCCCUUCCCCCUUCCUCUUUCCCCUCCCCCAGACUAACGCUAACUGCUUCAACGGCGUUGCGCCGCAAUACAUCCCCAAGACCACGCUGUGCUGCGACCCCUUCGCCCUGGACCCCGAGAAUAACUGCCCCAUCGGAACCGUCGAUCUCACCAAGUACACUGACCUCCUCAACCGUCCGAUCAACACCACGCAGUGCAUGAACGAUACCCAGUAUCCCAAGCCGAUUUUCACGCUCCCGCCGUCCCCGCCUGUCCCCAAGGCGUCGGGAGUUGCGCGUCCCACGCUUGCUGGGGCUCUUCUUGCGAUUGCGCUCAUGAUGUUUGCAUGA